GGCGGCAAGAGUUUCUGGUUAGCUCAUUGUUUCUUUUGGAUUUGAUGGUUGACCUGACGACACGAGGUCAGUCCUUGGAGGAUUGCACGCUCUUGCAUCGAAGUCACGAAUGCGUGAGCACGGAGAGGUAGGAGUUCUGCCAGUUGUUCUCAGCUUGACAGGCAGACAUGGAGGAGGAACGCUACCAAGAUCAAGUUGCACUGUCGAGUGGUGUAGAUCCAGCCGAGGGAACGAUCGAUGGCGACCCCGGGACUCGCCGGGAUGAUGCUGCAACCCUUGCCAAGUGGUAUUAUCUCGACGAAGAGCAACAGGCCCAGGGUCCCUACUCACCCUCUCAGCUUCAAGAGCUCUUCUCUCUAGGUUAUAUUCAGUACGCAACAAUGCUAUGGGCAGAAGGGCAAACAGAGUGGUCUCCUCUCUCCAACUUACCUGAAUUGUAUAGUUUUAUGUUCUACUACAACAGUUUGGACCUUUCAUCUGCUGCUGCGGCUGACAGCUGUGCGGGAACUGCCUUAUCUUCACUGGCCGCACAGUCAGAGGACUGCGGUUCAGCACACGAGCAAGGAACGGGACUCUACGAGGCUCCUGUGCAGGUCGGCGGCAAUGGGAGCAGAGAACAUAUGGCUUGUGGCGAGGAUAAUCGCGAGCGAUUGUAUGCAGAUGGCGAGAGCGUUGCAGCGACUGGCAGCAGGCCAUCUAAUGUUGGUUCGGCCACGAAGAUGAGCGGAGGUGAGUCUUCCGCCAAAGAAGAAGAAGAAGAAGAAGAAGAAGCUGGGAUGGAUGCAAGACUUGGGCAGGCGAACAACGUAUCGAGGGCUGGCGAAGGCGAUGUUGGCCCUGCGGAUAGCCAAACGCAGGUAGCAGUGAGUGAUUUGUCUGACAUGGCUAUGCCAUCUGAAGCUGAUGUCCCUGAUCCAGAUGAGGAGCUGAGAAGAUUUAAGGAGGAGAUGCGCCGAGUGGAGAUUGAGGCGGAAGCUGCAAAGCGGACUGGAAAAAGGGCUCGGGAAGGUGGUAAGAAAGGAGGAGAUGAAGUGCCAGCUGAAAGUAGUGAAGAGGACGAGGAUGGAGAAGAGGAAGCACGAGAUCGGGUUUGUCGCGACGAUGACCCUCCAGAUGGAGAGGAGAUGUUUGUGGAUGACGAUGGUACCAUCUAUAAAUGGGAUCGUUCAGCAAGGGUAUGGGUUCCCCAGUCUGAGGACACUCCAGUCUAUCGGCCGGAGGAUAUGGUGUAUGUUGCGGAGGAGGAAGUGAUCCCGAGCUUGACGGAGGCGGACGAUGACCAGCCAACCGUUCCGGAGCCAGUGGGCGCUGGCGCUGUCCAGAAGGGGGCGAAUUCGAAAGCAAACGACGAGGGGGGGAAGUCAAACCCAGGGGAUGGAGCAUCAACAGGGCCGUUGAAGAACAAGCAGCAGCAGCAACAGGACGGGUGGUUUGAAUUGAAGGUGAACACGCAUGUGUACGUGACGGGGUUGCCGCUGGAUACAACAGUAGACGAGGUUGCUGAAGUCUUCUCCAAGUGUGGACUCAUUAAGGAGGAUCCAGAAACGCACAAGCCGCGGAUCAAGCUGUACGUCGACAAGAACAGUGGACGACAGAAGGGUGACGGCCUCGUUACCUACCUUCGCGAACCGUCGGUGGAGCUUGCGCUAAAGAUUCUCGAUGGGACAUCUUUAAGAGUGGGAAGUGACCUGUUGAUGUCGGUAACACAAGCGAAGUUCGAGCAAAAAGGCGAGACCUUUGUGAAGAAAACGGGGGGCAACAAGCGAAAGAAAAUGAAACUCAAGAAUCAGGAAGAGAAGUCUCUUGGCUGGUUCGGUUUCGAUGAUCGGCCUAGAACGAAGGGUAUGAACGUCGUCCUGCGAAAUAUGUUUUCUGUUGACGAACUGACUGCAGAUCCCUCCUUGAUCGCGGAGUUGGAGAGCGACGUCUCUGAAGAGUGCCGCAAGCUGGGCCCGGUCCAACGCCUCAAGAUUUACGACAAGCAUCCGGACGGAGUUAUUCUCAUCAAGUUUGCGGAUAAGCAAGCAGGACUCAAGUGUAUCGAGUUGAUGAAUGGCAGAUGGUUUGGGGGACGGCAAGUGCAUGCGAAGGAAGACGACGGUCUUACCGAUUAUGGGUUGGUGCGGGAGUCUUUUGAAGCAGAGCAGGCGCGGUUAGAGAAAUUCAAUGCUGUGCUGGAAGCAGAUACAUAAAGCAAUGCCGGGCGCAGCUUUCAAACGAUCGUCUCGCCGCUCGAGUAAGAGGAGGGAGGGACAACACAGCAGGGUGCAUUUUCUUCUCGGCUACUCUUCAAUUUUUUUUUACGUCUCUGCUUGUUGCAGUCAGGAUGUGCGGCUCUUCGUUUUCGCUCACAAGUCGCAGUCUUCUUCGAGCUUUUCUUGUCAUCAGAUUUCUUUCCUCGUCUCUUAAUGUAGGUCUGUAGUUGCACAUCUACAAAGUGUUACGUGCUGUAAACGAUGACGGGUGUAGCCGACUGGUGUAUAAGAGAACACACGACGAACACGGGUACACGAUAUGAUGUUACGCCGUUUGCGGAGCAGUUGUUGUCAGCCUGAGAGGCAAUCCUGUGCCAAAUACAUAAAAGAGUGUUGCGGGCUUGUGCAGGACGGAUUUUGGAACGAGAUCGUGCGGUUGAAAUCGUCCGCCGGACAAUGUACGAUUGUUUUUCAUCGCAGCUUUUCGGGAGACCAAAAAAGAAACACUUGCCACAGCGAGAUGUCGAUUGACUUUUCGUUGGCGGUGUCGCCUGUUUCCUUUAGUCCCUUCUCCCUCCAUGGCUUUGCCAGUCUGUCUGAAAUUUUCUCUCUCCUUGACGAAUCUGUCUUCUGCUCUUUUGAGAUAUCCCUGCUUUCUCU